GUGGGGGGGGGGGUGUUGUUGAUUUCUGACCCCUCGUCACUCCUCCUGCCAGGGGCAGCGCGGGGGGGACGCCGGGCCUCCACCGGUGCCCGUGGCGGAUCCCUGGGCAUCCACCCGCGCUGCCAGGCAGGACCUGCGGCUGCAGGGCUGACACGACGAGCAGUGGCGAGCGGGGCACCAGCACAGCCCCCUUCCAAAAGCAGCCACUCCAUGAGCUGAGACCCUCUCCCCUGGGCUGGGGCACCCUCUGGCCCCGCGUGGAUGCGCUUCGCGAGUGGCUCCUGCCUCCCCCCGGGGGCCGAGUGCAGCUCACGGGGCACCCGCUCCACAGCUCCCUGUCCACAGGGUGGGCAGCGCGGCUCUGGCCGCGGCUCUGCACGGGUGGGUGUGGGGUGGCCCGCACAGGGAUUACCCCCAGCACGUUGCUGCUCAGCCCCCCGGCCGGGGGUACACGUGUGGUGGGGGGUCAGGCAGGUCCUCACACGGAUGGGCCUGAUCCUGACCCUGGAAAAGGCUCCUGUGCCUGUUAAUGGCCCAGCUGGGCUCUUGUAGUCGUGGCAGUGACAGACCCCAGCUAGAUCCCCCCAUGCGGGAGCUGGGGGUCUGCCGUGGGGACUGCAGCUCCGGCACUCCCGUGGGGUGCCCAGCAGCUUGGCUCAGCCCUGCCUGCGCUGGGGGAAAGCAGUGGCCCGCCGAGCGGGGCUGCGGUCCUGCGCGUUCGGAGAGCUGCCCCCGGGGACGGGGCUCCGUGUCUGCGGAGGCACUGGCGGGGCACGUCCGUAGACCCGGCUCCGGGGCUCCCGGGAGCGAAGGGAGGCUGCCCUCGCCCGGCGCCCCGCCGGCAGCGCUCCCGCCGCAGAGCCCGGGGCCGUGCUGCCGCCGAACGGGAGAAGCCUGAACUGCACCGGCUGCUCCGUCCCGUCCCAUCCCAUCCCAUCCCAUCCCGUCCCAUCCCAUCCCAUCCCAUCCCGUACCGUCCCAUCCCAUCCCGUACCGUCCCGUCGGGAUGCUGAGGCCGACAGGCCAUGGGAGCGGGGACCGGGGGGGCCCAUCCCCUCAUAGCAGGGUGCGGGGACCCCUGCCUGGCCCCCUCCAGGGGUGCCGGCCUGGGAAAACCAUGACCUGGCAGCAGUGGCUGGCACGGGGCCACGGGCCGCCACGGGAGCGACGUGCUGUGUGGGCUGUGCUUGGCCAGGCUGCGGCUGCUGGCGGGGCUGGGGGGGCCUGGUGCCAGCCCUGCCUGCACCAGGGACACAUCCUGCCCGGUGCGCGGCCCCUGGAGGAGGUGCAUGGGUCUGGCAGUGCCCAUCACAGCCCUUUGCCACCGUGUGGUCAGUGCAGGGUGGCAUCAGCUGCAGCAGUCGGGACCAUCCCUUGAGAUGCUGAGGGGACUGGGGGAGCGGGUUUUGUCUCCUGGUCCCAGUGGUGCCCAGCUGCAUCACUUCUUUUUUUGGCCAGGAGCACUGUCCUCAGUGUGUCCUGUCCCAGCUUUGCUAUGAAAGCACCUGGGACAUUCUGGGGCAAAGCCAUGGAUGGGACAGGGGAACUCCCUGCUGCAGGAUACCACCCGGCUCCAAGGGGACAGUCCCAUCCCAAGAGAUAGGGGAUGCAGCAGAUGGGCCAAGGAGGGUCCAGGCUCCUUUGGGAGUCACCUCUGGGGGAUUCUGGCUUGAGACACUGAGGCACAGGGGCUCUCUUGCACCCCGGAGGAGCUGGGGAAGGAGGUACAACAUGUGGUUGCAGACUGGGAGUUGCCCCUGCACCCCCCAGGGGACAUCAUUCCCCUGAGACCGUGCUUGCUGCUCUGCUGGGACUAUGCAUGGCAAGGACCAAAUUCCCCUUUGUGUGUCAGGGCAGUGGAUUCUGGGCAGUGGUGUUGGGGUAAAUGACUACAGCGAGUCCAGUGUGGUGCCCCGUGCCCCGCUGUGUCCCCAUGGGCCCUUCCUGCCCAUCCUGCUCCUCGCGGCCUCACUCCCUGGGGCUGUUCUGGGGCUGCAUGUCCCAGCUCGGUGCAGGCAGAAGGCUGGGGAGCAAGCGCAGGGCCAGUGGGGGAGGCUGCACCCAAGGACCCUGUGCUAAUGGAUUUGGAGUUUCCAAGGUCAGGCUCCCACCGCAAGCAAGAAAAACAUUCCCAGGGAAGGGCCAUGGGAAAGGGCGCCCCCCCCGCCGUGGCACUCCCAGCCCCAGCCACUGCCUCAGGGCCCAGCCUGGCAUCCCGGGCUGCUUGCGUGAGGAGGUGGCUACGUCGCCCUGAGGAGAGGUGCUGGGCGAAGGCUGGGUCACCCCAGUUGCCAAAUCACUUGGAAGGGGUGCGUGGGGUGGCGAGGGUGCCUGGCUGUGCAGGGAGGGGACAGGGGUCAUGCGUGGGGUGCAGGAGGUGUUGUGGAAUGCUGUGGGGCGAGGGAGGGGAUAGCAUCCUUUUGACAGGGGCAGGAGUGUGCCAGCUCCCAGCCAGCCAGCUCGGUGCCCACCCUGUCCCCUCUGCGUGGGUGCUGACCCCCACCUCUGCACUUGCAGCCAGCAUGGAGCAGCGAGCGGGGCCACCAGAACCGAGACCAGCAGGACCCACCACGCAUCCGCAGCCCAAGGAGGGGACACUGUGGGGGCUCCUCGCCAUCCUCUCGCUGCUGGCCGGGCUGGCUGCGGGCACCCUGCGAACGCCGCACUGCAAUGAAACGCUGGAGGCAGCCCCCCCUGCGCCGCGGGGCACGGCCACCGCCAGCCCGGCUGUGGAGGAUGGCGUGGAGGUACCGCUCACCGCUGCCAGGAGCCAGCUGUACGGGGACAACGUGACGACGGGUGGCCCGGGCGCUGCGGAGCUGGCAGAGGACCUGCUGCUGCGUACUGAGCGCUCGCCAUCGGGCCACGGCAAAGAGAAGAAGCUGGGGGGGAAAAACUCCCUGAGGGCCCGUGGGCGCAACUGCCACAUCCGCAACCUGAUGGUGAAGGUGCGCGACCUGGGCCUGGGCUUCAACUCAGACGAGAUUGUGCUUUUCAAGUACUGCAGUGGAUCCUGCCACCGGGCGCGCAGCAACUACGACCUGACCCUGGGCAGCCUGCUGCGGCAGCAGCUCAUCACCCCGGGGCCGCAGGAGCGGGUCCUCAGCCACCCCUGCUGCCGGCCCACCCGCUACGAGGCCGUCUCCUUCAUGGACGUGCAGAACACGUGGCAGACGGUGGAGAAGCUCUCGGCGGCCGAGUGCAGCUGCAUCGGCUGAGGAGGGGGCUGCCAGCUCGGCCCCAGCUCGACACACGCCGGCAGACCCCGGCUUGCCAGGCGCAGUGGUACUGGCCCUCGGAGAAAGGUUCUGUCAGAGGCCGGUGCCCCCGGUUUUGUGUGACCACAAAGGACUGAGGCGAGAUGGAGCCGUGCCGGGGGGUGGGUGGCUGAGCCCCCUCCCGCUCAGUGCCAAGCAGCUGGUGCCACCAGCUACGCGGGGUCCUGCCCGGGCGCACCCCAGCUCAGCCCUGGGAGAGGAGCUGGAUGGGGUACAGAGCAUCCCCGCUGUUUGCAGGGGUCUGCCAGCCCAGUGCCCACCAGCAGCACCCGGCUCGCCCGCGCCCUGCCUGGACUGGUGCUCCCGCACCCCUGCUGUCAGGGAGCUGGGGCCAAGUGUCGCCCAAGCUUCACGGGGGGACAGAAAGGGGACAAAACCACCCUGUCCCCUCAGGCACCCUGGGGCUGGCGGUGCCCGGAGCUGCCCUGCAGGGAGAGGAUGUCCCCGAGGCCAGGGGUGCAGUGGGGCCAAAGCACGCCAGCGCGGAGUGGGGGUCCCACACCCGGGCUGGCAGCAGCCCCCGGUGCUCCGCAGGGCAGCGAGUGGGGCACGGACGCCUGCUGGGACCCCUGCCCCUACCUGGCUCCCGAGGGGGGUGUCAGGGUCCCCUCACAGUGCUGUGGCACUAAACUAUUUAUUACUCUAAAUUAUUUAUUUAUUGUUCUUGAGUGGCAGCUCCUAUUUAUGACUUUGGGCCCCCGGGGGCCGGGUGUAAUUUAACCCCAGCGCUGCUGUGAAGCCCUGGGCAGCGCCCCGGUGCCCCGUGCCCCCCAGCCCCCUUUUUCUAUUAUUUGUAAAAUUUGAGGGAUAAACUCUAUUUUUGUACAGCCGCCUUCUCCUGUAGC